AUGGACAAGCCCCCUCUGGUAUAUGUUAACAACACGGACUGGCUACCACACCCUAUUCUAGCCAAACGUGUUCCUCUAGAGUCUGAAGGGGCUCUGUACAAUUAUUCAGGAUCUACUGUGUAUCCUCCAUUUUGUAUAUCUUUUAGAAAUUCGUUUAUUGGUAAUUCUUUCUGUGUACCACGCAGACAUCAAGCGUGGAUUGUCAAAAAUGCCACUGACAACAGUUAUGUAGGGGUUGGCAUGGGUGUGAUAGGAAUGGGAGAUGAGUCACCACGUAAGGCGUUCCAAUCUAAACACCCGGCUAACAAGUACCUAUGUCCAAAUCAGAUAGGUACGGUACAAAAGGAGUUGCCAUGGACAGAUUGUUCUGUCCGAGUUCCCAGAAAGGUUAAGAUGCCGGCAACCAUAGACUUUAACAUCUACAAUUGGGCACCCAGGUUACGUUGUGGUCGCUCUGAACAACUGACGCGAUUAGACAAAUACACUGACUAUGAGAAAUGGCACCUGCCAUGUCAGGAUUUUCAGAAACUUGAGGACUUACUAGAAGUGGACAUGGCUGGUUCUAGACUUGUUAUUGAAGCAGGUCCUAUACAGAACACGCAGUGGAAGAUAGUGGCUGCCACGCAGCCGAUAUACAAGUUUAAGGUCAAGGUGAAGAACUCAGGACUUGAUCUUGAGUAUGACAGUCACAUCAAUGUCACUGCAUGUGUUUUUGCUCCUUAUGUAAUGCUAGUGGGUAACAGCCUUCGAAUUUUUAAAAAUGACCAAGGUCUAUAUGAGAUCAACUGCACAAAAUGCCGCCUACAUCAAUGCCUUAGUCCUAAAAACCAAGAUUCACAUGUUGCUAUUAUGUAUCAUCCGCCUUUAAUGUGGGUACCUGUCAACUUGACAGAGACGUGGGCAUCUACGCCUACUGUGCACAUUGUUCAAAAGGCAUUUAACAUGGUUAUACAUAGGCCCAAGAGAAUGGUCUUGGAAGUUAUAGGAGCCGUAGUCUCAGUAAUUGCCAUGAUCACAUCACUAACCACGGCAACAUUGGCAUUAACUUCCUCUAUCCAGAAUCAUGAGUUCAUACAGGAAGUGGUGUCUAACGCUUCCAAAUUAUGGCACACUCAGCAGAGUAUUGACUUAGCUUACAGAGAUGAGUUGGACAGUUUAAAAGAUGCUGUGUUUUGGUUAGGUAAAGAGGUUGAAGCUUUACACACAAGAAUUACUUAUCCCUGUCAUUACAAUCAAACGGGUUAUUGUAUUACUCCGUUGCCAUAUGAUAAUGUGUCAUAUGAAUGGCAGCUGGUCGUUCAGCACAUCAAGGGUGCUUGGGGCAGUCAAAACAGCACUUUGGACAUUAUUAAGUUGCAACAGCAGAUCAACAGAUUAGACCAAAUUGUAUAUGAGAAUGAGGCUGCAAACAUAGCUUCAAAUUGGAAAGCAACUUUAUCUUCCCUGCAUCCCCAAAAUUGGUUUGGUAGAGCUAACUUAACCAGCAUUGGUACUAUCAUUUUGUUCAUAUUACUGGCUAUUGGUUUGAUUAUACUUUGCAGCAGAAGCUGCAAAAACAGAGCCUAUAUUCAAGGCAUACUGCCAGAAUUGGCACGGUCUUAUCACACUCGGCAGUUGGUGCCUGAAAAUGUUGAAUUGAACACGACCAAUCUAUGA